AUAGGGAUUACAGAUACAUUUACACAUUCUAUAGAAGGUUCGUGGACGGGUUUCUAUAGAGUAUGGCCCGUGUCUUUACUUAUUGCUGUAGCAUACUUCUAAUCAUAUAUGGGAUUUCCAACAUUUAUGCUCAAGAUGAGAACAGUUACGUCAGUCAUGUCACAGAUUCUCAUGCCAAACAUCAGGCUCUACAGCAACUUCUUCCUUUCCUUCAAUCACAAGAAAUUAAUACUUGGAAAAACAAGGUUUCAAGAGAGCAACUUCUUCGAAAAGCAAGAGUCGCUGCCGUGAACACUACAGCACUUGACAGUAUGUUAAAGACGAUUCUCGGUAACGAUAAUGUUCAAGCUAUACUGAAGAAUCUAAUGCCACAACUGUCGUCGGUCGCUAACUCAAAAGAACUAACUGGUAUGUUACAAAGUGUUUUGACCAGCAUUACGAAAAAUCAAACUUUACAGCAAAAGCAACAGCUGUAUUCAGAUUUGAUGAAAGGAAAUAUUUUAGGACUAAUGAAAGACGUAGACCCUAAUGUACUUCAAAGUGUCAUCAAAUCGGUUGCUGGAAAUAUAACGAAUGGGAAUCUACCUCUUGCGAAUAGUUUGCCAGGAAUUUUAAGCAACGGGGUAAACGCGGAAGCGAUAGCAACGUACGCUUUUGUGUUUUUGCGUUCCAGAAUUCUGUCCUCAAACUCCUCCAAUAUGUGUAAACAAGAUAUAUUGAAAACAAUAACAGGACUCUCCAACACUCAGCCAUGGGCUCUAAAAAUGUUGGAUGCCUCUGCUAAACCCCAGCCCGACAUAAUGGACAUCAAUAUCAAUUGGUACGGGUCAUACGACGAGUGUAUUGCGGAUUACACUAUCCUUGACCAAGUCCACGUUUUGCCGAGAAAUGCUUCUAUUCCUGUAGUCAAGUCCCAGUACUGCACCGUCAGUAUAUACCCACCAUUACCUGAUUCAGCUAGAGGGUUGAUGGGAAUAUUUGGUGGUGGACUCAUCAAGGCCGGAGUCUGUGCUCCAAAAUCGUGUAGCCAAAACGAUAUUCUGCUAUUAUCCAAUCAGUUUUUUGCCUCUGUUCCGAUUGGAAAACAGCAAUUUUAUGCAACAAAGGUAGACUGUGUGAAGGAAAGGCCAUAUGAAACGAAAGACAUUGCUGUCAUAACGCUGUUGGGCGUAUUCGGUGUCAUCCUAGUCCUUGGAACUCUUUAUGAUCUUGUCAAUGUACAAUAUCCAGAGUAUAAAAGGAGAAAGAUGGAUGAACAAUCUAUUAACGACACCAUGGAUCCCAGUAGUAUUUAUAAAUUGAAAUCAUUCGAUGAAAAACCAGCAGAUGUAGAAAAAGAAACUAAAUUUGAAGAAGGUGUCUUCGGAAAAGUUUUGCUAUCAUUUUCCAUUUACACAAACGCCAAGAAGAUAUUAAACACAUCACAACCAAGAGGAACCCUGACAGCAGUUAAUGGAAUACGGUUCCUAAGUAUGACUUGGGUAAUUUUGGGCCAUUCGUGGUCUUUUACUGCCACAAGUCAGUACGGAUCGAAUUUUGGACCAUAUGCUUCAGCAUUUUUCAAAAGAAAAUCAGCUCAAGCAAUUUUGAAUGCCUUAUUCUCUGUUGACACGUUUUUUGUGUUGAGCGGACUCUUGACAUCAUAUUUGACCUUGAAGCAGAUGAGUAAAGUGAAGGGCAAAAUAAACUGGUUUAUGUUCUACUUUCAUCGCUUUUGGAGACUGACACCUGCGUACAUGAUACUGAUAGCGUUUUCAGUAGGCGUGGCACAUCACGUGAUCAAUGGACCGAACGCUCCGAAACCUGAUGAAACCUGUCCCAAAUACUGGUGGUGGAAUCUUCUUUACAUCAACAACUUUGUGGACAGUUCGGCGAAACUGUGUGUAGGAUGGUCGUGGUAUCUAAACAAUGACAUGCAGUUCUACGUCCUUAGUCCACUUAUGAUUGUACCGCUGUUUUUUAAGGAUAUAAUUGGCAUCAUCUCAUGUGCAGUAUUUCUUGCGGUCACUACUAUCACAACUGGGGUAUUGAGCCAUCACUUUAGCUGGAACCCAUCAGUGGUUGGAGGUGGAAAACACCCAGGUGGUGAUGUAUUUAAAGACUACUACAUCAAACCAUAUUGCAGAAUGGGUCCUUAUAUCUGUGGUAUAUUUACCGGAUACCUUCUGUACAAAUUCAAGAAUAAAUGCCAAAUUAACAUCUUUGUAAAUCUAGGGCUCUGGGGCGUGGCCACUGCAAGCGCAUCCGCAGCACUAUAUGGACUGCAUGAUGCUUUCAACGGGCAUCCACUAUCCAAUGAAGUUUCAUCCCUAUACAAUGCAUUGUCCAGAACUGUUUGGGGAGCUGCUGUUUCGUGGGUUAUAUUUGCAUGUGGAACUGGAAAUGGAGGUCCAAUCAACACUCUGCUGUCGUGGAAGGCAAUGGUGCCCCUCUCUAGACUGACAUACUGUGCCUACCUCGUACAUCCGCUGAUUAUUUACGCGUACAAUGGGAGUCACCCACAAACGGUUUAUCUCAGCGACAUCGAUCUCAUUUACAAGUUCUUCGGGAACCUUGUGAUGGCAUACGGAGUAGCAUUUAUCUUCUCGCUAUGUUUUGAAUCACCUUUCAUGGGACUAGAAAAGGUCCUAUUUUCCGGAAUGUCUAAGAAGAAAUGAUAUUCAACAGAAAUGUACUAACAUUCCACAUUUUGAAAAGAAAUGGGUGCAGCCAAACCGACUUAAUAAAGACAGACAAUUUAUUUCUGAAGUAUAGACGAAAUUCUUUCUAGCCAACAAACAUGCAAAUUCUACUUUCUAUGUAGUUCCCUCUGCGUAGUACAGAAACAUCUUAUCAUUUGAAACUCACAGCUAAUGUUUGACCAGAGAGACGACUGAAUAAAUUUCCGUUAUAGCAUACAUGUAUGUGACGUUCAAAAUCUGUUAUUAUAGAUUAUUUUAGGACACAAAUUAUGUAUAUCAUACAAUUUAAACAGCUGUGCCCUGUAUUUUAUGUAUAUGCAUAUAUGAUCAUGCAUUAAAACAAACACUAAUUUU